AAACGAAUAAUCAAAUAAAUAUAAAUAAAAAAUGCAAUAAUAAAUUAACACAGAUAAAAAAUAUUUACCAUUCCUAACAGUUUAAUAAUAGUAAGAUCUCUUAGCUAAAUAUAACAGUUUAACAAUUCUUCCUGAAAAUCAAACACGCUUAAUCUUUUCCAAAAUUCGAAACUAAGAUACUCCUACAUCUUAAUUUAGACAUCAUGCUGAUCGUAUAAUGCGCUUAUUAAUAGAAACCGCUUUAAACAUGUAAGAUACUUUAGUUAUUUAGAGAGAAUCUCCUUGUUCAUAUUAUGAUUCUGUUGAAAUAAAAUAAUAAGACGAUUUUAUAGCUGUUACUAUAAUGAGAGCCGGAAAUAGCUUUUUGCAUGAACUUUUAUAAAUAAUGCCAGAUAUUGAAGUUGGUUAAAUUCUAUUAUAAAGAGACGAAGCGACUUAAGAAAAAAAACCUAUAUUAUAUUAUACUAAAUUACCCAAAAAUAUCAAAAAUAAAAAAAUUUUACUAUUUGAUCCAAUGAUAGCCACUGGAGGCUCAGUCAUUAAAGCUAUCGAAGAGUUAAUUAAAGUCGGUAUUUAAGAAAAAGAUAUAACUUUUGUAAAUUUAAUUGCUUGUGAAUUUGGACUGAAAAAACUUUUCAAUAAAUAUCCUAAUAUUUAAGUAGUAACAGGAAGUGUAGAUCCUAUGCUAAUUGAAGAAACUAAAUAUAUUGCUCCAGGCCUAGGAGAUUUUGGAGAUAGAUAUUUUGGUACUAAUUGA